ACACAGUCAGGCAGGAGAAGCAACUUCAUCCCUCAGACAGAUAGAUUUUUUUUGUCUCAAGGAUAUAAUUUGCUUGAUUGCAGAGGUGUAACAAGUUUCAGAGCUGAAUACUGUGAGUCUGGACUGGGAAAAAUAUGGGAAACGAGCAUUCCACGAACACAGAGCCAAUCCAGAAUGGAAAAAUAGCUGAGAAGCAUGAAAAUGGAUCAGUAAAUGGCUUGUCUGCAAAAAUCACAUCUAAUGGAUUGGAGAUUGAUGUUAAGAGUGAGACUACAGUCCACCAAAAUGGCGAGCCCCGCUCCUUAGAUGUUGCCAUAGAACCAUCUGAAUAUGUGAUAAUCGAAUCAGACUGUCAAACCGACAGUGCCCCGGUUGUUUCUGAAAUCCCCGACACCGUCACCCAGAAGGAAGAGGUCAAGAAGAGCAAAGAAGCAAAGAUGAAUUUCUUCAACAAAAUGUUCAAGCAGAACGCAGAACCUCCUGUUGAUGUCGAGAGUGUUAAAGAAAAGGGAACCUCAGGGGAAGAUCAAACAGAUGUAAGUCUUCCUCCCGCAGAUCCACAGCAGGAGACGACUAACCUAAAGCAAGAAUCUGAACCGUUAACGGAACCGGAGAGUGUGACUCCAGACUCUGGUCCAGAGGAAGAGCAAGUUCCUGAAACUGACAACGGAAACAGACAGCCUGUGGAAAGCCAAGAGGAGAGUAAUCCAGAAGAGAAUCCAGUUAUGAACUUCUUCAAAACCCUGGUUACUACCACUAAAACAUCCACAAAGGAAACAGCUACUCCUGAUGCCACAAAAGAUCAGUCCCAGAAGGAGACCCUACCAGCGGCAACCACUACUGUUGCACAAAUAUCUGAACCGCCUGCAGCACCCAAAGGAAUGUCUAUCCCACCACCACCUCCUCCAGAGCCACCAAAAAUGGAAAUCAAAGGAGAACCAACUGCCAAACCUGUAAAGUCAGUGCCAAAAGAAGAACCAAAAGCUGCUGCGAAGCAACCUGAGUCCUCAAAAGGAAAAUCAGCCAAAGAUACUCUGAGCAAAUUCUUCCGCCCCAAGGUACUGCUAGGAGUCAAGAUAUCCAAAGGCAAGGGUGCUUCAGCAAGUGGAGCCAGUGCCCUGGCCAAGACUGCAGCAGUGGGGAAACCAGUGGAGAUACCAGAACCUGCUGUAGAAGUUCAGAUUGAAAAUAAAGUUGAGCCUCAGGAGCCGGCAGCCGAGGUGGCACAGCCAGUUUUAGAAGUGCAGAUGGUGGAUGGUGCACAUCAGCCAGUGGUAGAAGCUGAGAAGGUGGAUCCCUCAAAAUCUGGCACUCUGGAGGCAGCUGCAAAGCCUGAACCUCCACCACCUGUUCAGGAAGAAAAGAAAAAAGCUUCAAAAUCGACCUUCUUUUCUCUCCUCAAGCCCAAAGAACUGUUAGAUCACAUGACCACAAAAGUCCAGGCAGCCUCCACAAGUGGAGUUCGGCUCCUGAGGAAAACUACUGGACUGGCUGCUGAGCCCAAGAAGGCGACCCCGACCCCACCGGCAGCAGCAGAGGCAACUCAAGCAGUCAAAGCCAAGGAGGAACCCAAAGCAGCAGCCAAGCCAUCAGAGGCGGUUGUAGAUAACAAACCAGCUUUGGUGGCCUCCCAAGCUGGAGAUGAUGCAGCCAAUGUGCCCAAAAGACUGGAGAAGAGGAACUCCAUCCAGCUGUUCUUUAAAAAUCUGGGUCAGAAACGUCAUUCCACAGACGCCGGGGUCCAGACAGAGCCAGUGACUGUUGCUCCAGCAGCUGAGAAAGCCAAAUGAAACCACAACCAACCUUCACGUUUCCCUGUACAGACUCCCCCUCUCUUACUCAAUCUUUAUCUCUCUCUCAUCACCCCCUUAAACCCCCUGAAUUACUUUAACUACAUGUUUUGUUUUUGUUACUGUUUAGAAGUUACAAUACAUAAGGAAAGGUUGCUGGAAGGACAAAAGAAAGUGAACAGUUGAGAGAAAGAGGAGCAAGUAGGCAGUGGAACUAGUGGAGAUGUUAAACGGUCAAAUGUGACGGCAAGUUUGUUGAGAUAUAUAUUUUUCUGGUCAUAUCAAUGCCUUGACAAGUACAACAAUGUGAGUGUGAAACCUUUUCUACAGAUGUGACUUCUCUCUGUUUUGCUAACACACUCAGCUUAUGCAAUAUACUGUAUAGUGCCAGGCUUUGCUUUUAGCAGUUCAUUUGUCUGGAAAACUUAAAAAAAAACACACACACACACACAGUUUCAUAUAGGUUCUAUUUUUACAGUUCAUACAAGAAAAUUCCUGCAGUGUGGUAAUGCAGAGGUUAAUAUGAAAUGAUACUGAAAAAAGGACUUAAAUAUAAAUACAACUCCUAACAGAGCUGAUAUGAGGAGCAUGUCUAUAUAGCGGAUUGCUCUUACAGAUUUUUUUUUAACUCUGUGUAAGCUAUACGUAGACUAAAGCACAAACGUAACGGUUAUGUGUCGGGCCAAACGGGAAAUCACAAUCUUUACUGUUCUGUAGGGAACUGAUUGUAAAUACUCACAAAAGCAUCUGAGGUGGCAAAAUGGUGUCGCUGCGCAAAUGUGUCCUCGUGGUCCGUUUUGCAGUUGUCAUGAAUCACAGCAGCUUUUAAUUUGAGUUCAGCACUUGGUGUCACGUCAUUUAACUGAAGUCUUACGGUGUUAGUCUCUUGUGUUUGGCAUAUGUGCAAUUAAUAUUAGGCUUUCGUUUGCCUUUAUGUAUACGAGUAUGUGUAACUUCAGAUAUGUUGAAGACAAUAAAUAUGUUUGAAAACUG